AUGCGCUUUCAAGCUUCUUUCGCGGCCCUUUUGGCUGCUGCCGCUACAGCCUCCGCUCAAUCCGUCGCUGGAAAGGCGUACGGUUUCGCUGCUGGUGUCACUGGUGGUGAGGGCGAGGCUGUUACUCCUGCUACUGCUGAGGAGCUCGCUAAGCUUCUUGCUGAUGAUACCCCUCGUGUCAUUUACAUUGACAAGGAGUUUGACUUUACUGGUCAGACCAAGACUGGCCCUGGAUGUGAUCGCAAGAGCUGCAGCGCUUCCAACGGCGGUCAGCUUUACCUCGGUGAUCUUUCUUGCGGUGGCGAAGACAACGUUGCUGUGUCUUCCAUCACUUACGAUGCCGCUGGCCCUGAGCCUCUUCCUGUUGGAAGCAACAAGAGUAUCAUUGGUAACGGCAAGGCUGUCCUGAAAGGAAAAGGUCUUUCUAUCAAGAAGGGCUCCAGCAACGUCAUCGUCCAGGGCAUUGAGAUCACCCAGCUCAACCCUGGCAUCGUCUGGGGAGGUGAUGCUCUGGAACUCAAGGGUGAGAACGACGGUGUUUGGAUUGACCACUGCAAGUUCUCCAAGGUUGGUCGCAUGUUCAUUGUCACUCACUACGACGGCUCUCGCCUCACCAUCUCCAACUCCGAGUUCGACGGUGUCACCGACACUUCUGCUUCCUGCAACGGCAACCACUACUGGACCAUGAUGUUCUACGGUGAGGGCGACAAGGUCACUCUUGACCGCAACCACUUCCACGAUGUUGCUGGCCGAGCCCCCAAGCUCGGUGAGCCCGGCACCAACGGUUACUUCCACGCUACCAACAACUACUUCCAGAACAUGAAGGGACACGCUUUCGACGCUUACCAGGGUGCCAACGCCAUCAUUGAGGGUAACGUCUUUGAUGGUGUCGACCAGCCUGUUACCAAGGAGGCUGCUGGUAUCACCACCUUGUUCAUUCCUGAUGAGGCCGCUGCUGCUGCUUGCCAGUCUGUCCUUGGACGUGCUUGCGAGCCCAACUCUGUUACUUCCAGUGGUGACCUUCCCGUCAUGAAGGGUGAGAGCGGUCUUAACGCUGUUGGCAAGAACAAGGAUAACAUGAUUACUCCUGUUUCCGCCAGCGAGGUCGUCGCCCUUGUUUCUGGAAAGGCUGGACCCGCUGGUGUUGGUUCUGUCUCCGCUCCCGCCUCAGGUUCUGGAUCUGCUGAGACCUCCCCCAUUGCUUCUGAGACCACCCCCGAGUCUACACCCGAGUCCGCCCCUAGCCAGGAGGCCGCUCCCCAAGACGACUAUGAGCAGUCCGCACCUGUCGCUGCUGAGCAGGAUUGCGAUGAUGAGGCCGUCACCCAGGCUCCCGAGCCCACUGCUGCUGCCGACUGCGACGAAGAGCCUGAGUACUCCGAGUCUGCGUCCGCGCCUGCCGUUACCCAAGCUGCUGCUAGCGACUCAGAGGCCGAUUGCGAUGAGGGAUCUAAUUAUGAGUCUGCGCCUACUCCCAAGGAACAGGAGACCUCCACCCCUGUUGCUGACUGCGAUGAGGAGCCUGAGGCUGAGUCCAAGCCUGAAGCCCCCAAGCAGGAACAGACCACUAUCCCUGAGGCUGAUUGCGAUGAGAGCGAUUACGAUUCCCAGUACGAGACCAGAUCUGUCGCUCCUAGAGCUGUAGAGAACGCUCAGGCCGAUUGUGAUGAGGGAUCUGACUACGACUCCAAGCCCGUUGCCCCCAAGAAGCAAGAGUCUCCUGUUGCCCAGGCUGACUGUGACGAGGAGCCCAACUAUGACUCCGAGUACGCUUCGAAGCCUGCUACUCCCAAGGCGACUGAGGCAGCGACAAAGCCUGAAGCUCCCAAGGAGACCGCUGCUCAAGUCGACUGCGACGAGGAGGUUGGGUCUGAGUCCAAGCCUGUUGUCCCCAAGCAAACCGAGGCUGCUACUCCCGUCGUUGAUUGCGACGAAGAGGCCGAGCCCGUUGUCAAGGCUGAGCCCAAGCCUACCGCCGCCCAAAAGGACUGCGACGAGGAGGACGAGACUGUCGGAGCUGCCGCCAAGGACACUCCUUCCAAGGAGUCUGCUUCCAGCGGUUCCUCUACUGUGCAGAUGUACGGCCAGUGUGGCGGUGCCAACUUUUCUGGAUCUACCAAGUGUGCUGCUGGAAGCUCUUGCAAGAAGGUCAACGAGUACUACUCGCAGUGCCUCAGCCACAGCCGCGUUCGUCGUCACAUGCAUGUUUACGUCGAGAAUGAGGCUACUCAGCCUUAG